CAGCCAGCAUGUAAGUGAAGGUCGCCGCCAAUGUGGUAACCUCGCGCACAUCGUCAACCUUCACAUCACCGUUACUUUCGUAGCUAUCUUCUUGGUUCGCGUAUAAAUAAAUCUACCUCCUCGACGAUGAGUCCCGCGGCGCGCACCCUCCCCGCCAAGUCGAACCCGCUAUUGACCGAUGCGCAGCAUCAGGUCUCUCACUCGGAGCUUAUCUCGCGUCGCCGCUUCGCGAGCGCUGUGCUCAUGGCCAAGCUAAGGACUGGUAGCGACAAGAAAGACGGCUGCGUCACAGCCGACUACGUGCAUAUGCCCGUGCCUCUACCAAGGGGCAUUGUCUCUGAUUUAAUCAGAUCGAACCCGAGCCCGAGCUGUUACUUCUUGCUCCGUCGAACCUCGGAUAGCUACAUCUCCGCUAUAGGCCUGUUCAAGGCUACCUUUCCUUACGCGAAAGUUGCAGAUGAGGAGGCAGAGCGAGCCUAUAUCAAGUCGCUGCCUAGCACGAGCCCAGACGAGACUGACGGUGCACCUUGGAUUCCGGAAGAGCAAGCUCUAGAGCUGGCUGCCGAAUACAAUAUCACCCCGUGGAUACAGGCUUUCCUCGACGAGACACCUAUUCACCCCAACAUCGGCCCCGUCCUCGGCCCGGUGGCGUCCAGUGGGCCGCUUCGAUCCAAGCAUUCACUCGAGCCUCCAAUACCCCCCAGCCGCUCUUCGAGAAUGCGGCGCUUAGAGAGCCCUCCCGACUCGCACGUCGAGGAGCCAUCAGAGGCUGGUGACUCUUCAUAAUCGCCGGGCUCUAUGGCUACAAGAAGCACAGAGGACAAAGGAGAAGACUCAUAUCUUGGGCAGCAUUAGGCGAUUCCUGAAAGAACAAGUCGCGUUGGGUUUCUAUGCUCAAUCUGUUGGCAUGUUGAGGCAGCUGCGGCGCAACAAGGUUCCUUCCACCUGGAGCGCACUGAGGUCUAGGGCGGGAGAUUGGGUGGUUGGCAAGGGGUACUAGAGUAAGGGCGCUAGAAUAUGCAGAUUGAGUAUAGUGCUUUGGUUAAGAAAGUACUUUUCAGA